AUGGCGCGGAAAUGCUCCGCCCAAGGGCUGAAGAAAAGCAAGCAAGCGCAGUUCCUCCCAGUAAGCCAGGCAGAUCUAAAGGAGCAAUCAAAGCAUCAAGACCAAGCCGAAGAAGUCUAUCCAGAGGUCUCUCCUGAAGAAGGGUGGAAGCCCGAGGAGGACGUCGAGUUAAUACCCUUGGAUCCUGACCAGCCAGACAAAAAAGCGCGGAUCGGCUUGCCGUCUAAGCCCAGACGAGAAGGUGGAACUUACCACCUUCCUCAAGAAUAA